GGCGGGAAGGAUUUGCAUCUGCAUUGGGGAGGAAAGCAGGAAGGGCUUCGGGGGUGCAACGGGAAAGGAAAGCCUCGCAGCAGCUGCAGCCGGAUCCCGGGAGGCUUUACUCUCGAUCAGAAGCAACCCAAGAGAAGGGGGAAGGAGAUGGAAGAGGAGGACCCACAAGGACCUGGAACUGGGAAGAGAUUAGGUCUCUAUCCCACCCAAGCAGUGAGUGGUGCUGAAUUCUGGGAAAAAGCUGUACCAGAGAUCUUGGCUCAGGACACUAUGACUGCAGACAAACGCAGCCGAUGCUUCCGGCAGUUCUGUUACCCUGAGUUCGAUGGGCCACGGGAGGUUUGCGAGCGGCUCCAUAGACUUUGCAAUCACUGGCUGAAGCCGGAGAGACACACCAAGAAGCAGAUCCUGGACCUGGUGGUCCUGGAGCAGUUCCUCACUGUUCUGCCUCAGGAAAUGCAGUGCUGGGUCAGAGGAUGUGGGCCAGAGACCAGUUCCCAGGCGGUGGCCCUGGCCGAAGGUUUCCUCCUGAGUCAGGCAGAGGAGAAGAGGCAGGCAGAACAGAUGUGGGAACAAUCCACGAAGAUGGAAGCCAAGUUCUCUGAGGAAGAAGGAGGUCCUCCAUCAGAGAAAGGUCAGAGGGCGCAGGCCCAGGAAUAUGCCCAAGAUGCCCUCUCAAGUGGAGGUGAAGAGACGUUGUCAAGCCGUCACCUUUGCAACGAAGUGGAAACAGCUGCUCCACCUCUGGUCCAGUGUCCCUUUUCCUUUGAGGAGGUGGCUGUGUAUUUCACCCAGACUGAGUGGGCCCUGCUGGAUCCAGGCCAAAGAGCUCUUUAUAGGGAAGUCAUGAAGGAGAACUAUGAAAGCGUGGCCCUUCUGUCAGCAGGUGUAGAGGAGACAGCUGGGGAAUUCCAGGGGUUCCCUUUGGGAAAAGUCCCGAAUGAAGAUGCAGAAGGAGACUUCAGAGAUGGAGACGGACCACAACAGGAGGGAAGCCACGCAGCAGCAGGUGCAGAGGAGACAGCUGGGGAAUUCCAGGGGUUCCCUUUGGGAAAAGCCAAGAAUGAAGAUGGUGAUGGAAACUUUGGAGAUGGGCCACAGUGGCAAGAGGGAAGCCACGCAGCCAGGGAUGAUCAGAGGAAUGAGGAGGGUGAGGAACUGCAUCCUCUAUUGCCAGAUGAAACCGAGAAUGAAGACUUGAGAGGCAACUUCCAAAAUCAAGGUGGACCUAAGAGAAAGAAAAGAUGCCACACACCCAAGGAGAGGGGUAAACCCAUUCCUUCCAAAAAGGAGGAUUUCCAUGAACUAAUUCACAUUAUUAUAGACACAUACAAGUGCUUGGCUUGUGGAAUGCACUUCUCAGAUCAAUCCCAGUAUCAUGCCCACGUGCAAAUGCAUAGUGGAGAGGAGACCCAUCAACGGCUGGAGUGUGGAAAGAUCAUGACUUGCAGGGAAGAGAUCCAUGGACAUCAAAGAACACAUACUGGAGAGAAAUCUUACAACUGCUCAGACUGUGGGAAGAGCUACUCAGAGAAACCGGACCUUGUUCAACACCAAAGGAUUCACUCAGGAGAGAAACUAUUUACUUUCUCAGAGACAGGAAUGGCGUUCUCUGAGGGAGGAAAACAUAAUAGCCAUUUUCCAAAGCAGAGUACAGUGGAGACAUAUAAAUGCUCCCAGUGCAGAAAGUACUUCAGAUACAGAUCACAUUUCCUUCUGCAUGAAAAAAUCCACACAGGAGAAAAGCCUUUGGAAGGUUCAGAGUAUGGGAAGAGAUUCAUUCAGAAAGGAAAUCUUCAAGGACCUCUAAGAACCCACACAGAGGAAAAGCUUUUAGAAUGCUUAGAGUGUGGGAAGAAAUUCAGAAAGAGUAGCAAUCUACAAGAACAUCUAAGAACCCACACAGGGGAGAAGCCUUUUGAAUGCUCAGAGUGUGGGAAGAGAUUCAGUCAGAAAGGCAAUUUUCGAGAACAUUUAAGAACCCACACAGGGGAAAAGCCUUUUGAAUGCUCAGAGUGUGGGAAGAGAUUCAGUUGGAGUGGCAAUCUUCAAAAACAUCUAAGAACCCACACAGGGGAGAAGCCUUUUGAAUGCUCAGAGUGUGGGAGGAGAUUCAAUUGUAGUGGCAAUCUUCAUAAACAUCUAAGAACCCACACAGGGGAGAAGCCUUUUGAAUGCUCAGAGUGUGGGAAGAGAUUCAGUCACAGUAGCACUCUUCAAGAACAUCUAAGAACCCACACAGGGGAGAAACGUUUUGAAUGCUCAGAGUGUGGGAAGAGAUUCAGUCAGAAAUGCAAUCUUCAAAAACAUAAUAUGAGAACCCACACAGGGGAGAAGCCUUUUGAAUGCUCAGAGUGUGGGAAGAGAUACAGUAAGAAUGGCAUUUUUCAAGAACAUCUAAGAACCCACACAGCAGUGAAGCCUUUUGAAUGCUCAGAGUGUGGGAAGAGAUUCAGUCAGAAAAGCAAGCUUCAAGAACAUAUGAGAACCCACACAGGCGAGAAACCUUUUGAAUGCUCAGAGUGUGGGAAGAGAUUCAGUCAGAAAGGCAGUCUUCAAGAACAUAUGAGAACCCACACAGGGGAAAAGCCUUUUGAAUGCUCAGAGUGUGGGAGGAGAUUCAAUUGUAGUGGCAAUCUUCAUAAACAUCUAAGAACCCACACAGGGGAGAAGCCUUUUGAAUGCUCAGAGUGUGGGAAGAGAUUCAAUCGGAGUGGCCAUCUUAAAAGCCAUCUAAGAACCCACACAGGGGAGAAGCCUUUUGAAUGCUCAGAGUGUGGGAGGAGAUUCGGUUGGAGUGGCGAUCUUCAAAAACAUCUACAAGCCCACACUGGGGAAAAGCCUUUUGAAUGCUCAGAGUGUGGGAAGAGAUUCAGUCAGAAAGGCAAUUUUCGAGAACAUUUAAGAACCCACACAGGGGAAAAGCCUUUUGAAUGCUCAGAGUGUGGGAAGAGAUUCAGUUGGAGUGGCAAUCUUCAAAAACAUCUAAGAACCCACACAGGGGAGAAGCCUUUUGAAUGCCCAGAGUGUGGGAAGAGAUUCAGUCACAGUAGCACUCUUCAAGAACAUCUAAGAACCCACACAGGGGAGAAGCCUUUUGAAUGCUCAGAGUGUGGGAGGAGAUUCGGUUGGAGUGGCGAUCUUCAAAAACAUCUACAAACCCACACUGGGGAAAAGCCUUUUGAAUGCUGAGAGUGUUGAAAGAGAUUCCAUCAUUGUGGCCAUCUUCAAAGUAAUCAAAGAACCCACAAAAAGAGAAAUAGUUGAACUGCUUCGCCCAGAGGAGUCAAACUCAUUUGUUUCGAUGGCUGGACUUGACCUAAACAUUUUGUCAGGCUGGACCGUGUCUGCCAUAAAAUGUAAUGCCAUGUCCCUCAGAUAUAAACACUGGCAAACCUAAUUAAUGAUUUCCCCCCUAAAAAUACAAACAUGCUUAAAACAGUAA